AAUCGAACAUUAUGGGGUUCUACAACCCGAAUCCCCUUCCCACAUCAUCGAUAAUUCUCCAUUGAUCAAAAACCCUAGAAAUGCUAGCACUUCGCAAGCUCUCGACCCUAAAAUCAUCAAGAUUUCUCUCUUCUCUCGCUAUUCAAAACCCUAUCUGCAGUUCCUUAACCAUCCUAGAUGUUCCCAGUUGCACCAACUACGAUGAACGCAUCAACAAAGCUGGCCGUGAAGGAGAUUUCACCACUGUCCACCAACUUCUUAACAAGCGCGCGCGCGAUGGCUUCUUCAACACCAACAAUACGUUCAAGUUCAUUUCCACCACUAAUGUGUCCAUACUCGAUGAUCUAUUGGAAAUUAUAGCUCGGUUAGAUAAUGGUUUCCCGAGAAAGAGCUCCUACGACUGUCUCAUUGCACGUCUCUCGAAGAUGCACUGCAUUUCGGAGGCUAUGCGUGUUGCCAAAGCUAUGGUGAGCAAAGGUCACGAAGUGAACAAUGUCACAUUUCAUCCCAUAGUUAAUGCUCUGACGAAGAAGGAGGAAUUCGAAGAAGCCUGGCGGGUGGUGGCGGUGAUGAAAUCCUGCGGAAUUUCUCCUGAUUUGACGACGUAUAAUUUUCUGCUGACAGGUUAUUGUUUUGCCGGAGAUGUGGCAUCAGCUGCUGGUGUUCUAGCAAAGAUAGAGGAGGAGGAGCUGGGGGCGGAUACGAGGACUUACGACGCCCUGGUUUUAGGCGCCUGUAGAGCGGGGAAACUGGAUGCUGCUUUGGCAGUGGUGAGGAGGAUGCUAGAUGACGGAGUUCCGCCAUUGUAUUGCACACACGCCCAUAUUAUCCGAGCAUUUUUGAAGUAUAAUUAUUAUGAACAGGCGGUAGAGUUUGUUAGGAGCUAUGCAGGAAGAGACGCCAAAUUGGAUGCAGAAAAUUUUGGAAUACUGGCCACCAGAUUGAUCACUCGGAGUAAAUUGGAGGAAGCUAAGAAACUGGUUAAAGAGAUGAGUGAAAGGAGAUUGGUAAUGGGUCCGAGAUUGAAAGAUUUCUAUGAAUUGUACGUUAGAUCUGAUGGUUUGAGAUAAUUAUUGAGCAUGAAUGCAGCAUUUUUGAAAUGUAAAGACUUGGUUUUGUUGGAUUUUAGUAUUUAAAAGAAAAUUUCAUGGAUCAUUCAUUCAUUGACAUA